UUUCCCUUUCCUCUGCGCCGUGUGCAUAUCCAUCCGCCAGAUGAAGUGGAGGCAACGUUAAUCAAAAGGGGAAGAGCGUUCAAGCCCGUGCCAGGGGAUCUAGCUGAUGUUGGAGCGUUUGCAACAUGGCUUCAGGAAAAUCUCCCCUUGGUGCAUGCCAUUUUUGGCCCCUGUGGCUGGAUGGAAAUUGUACACUUGCAAAGGCGCAAUGAUCCGCUUCCUCGUGAGUUCGCUUUCCAUUUGCGUGAAGCUCGCCCAACUGUAGUGCCCCAAGUGCCUCAGGAGGGGCUACCGAAUUUGGUGCCCUUCUCGGUGCGACUUCACGCUUCCGUUCAGAGGUCGAGACGGCCUCGUGCAGAAGCUCGCAGAGAUGAUUGACGAGAACUUCACAACUUUCGCAUCUAGCGGGAUUAGUGGAGAGCAGGCGCUCUUGAUCACUCUGGAGGGCCUUGCCGGAGUGGGGAAGACUCGAUUCCUUUUAGAGACCAAGGAGCGUGUUGGAGAGGCGCUUAAAGGCAGGGCAUCAGCAUUGCAGGAGCUUCAUCGUGUUGGAGCUACGGCAGCGGUGUACAUCACCUUCAGUGGCUCGGCUGUUGGCCAUUCAUCACCUCAUCUUCUGCAUCCGGCUUUUGUGGCAGUCUGUAAGGAGAGAGGUGAUUACCGUUCUGGCCGGGUUUUUCUGCGGGUGUCUGUAGUUUCGCAGAUACUGUUUGGCAAGCCUUGGAGUGACUUACCGUCUGCGCUACAGAAUGAGAUCCUUGCGGGAGAUGACUGCGUGUCUGUGCAGAAGGUUUCAGCUCAUGUGAGGAAAGGGCUUGCGGUACCGGAGAAUCAGAUGGUUGCCUUGUACCUUUUGGUGGAUGAGUUGCAGCAACUGGGAAGGGAAGUGAGUGGAGCUGGCUGUGAUGGUGAAGCCUUCCUGAACGGCAUGCUUUCCUGGUUAGUGACAGUCAUGACUUCCUUAGCGGGAAACUCCAUCGCCAAGGACUGCAACAUUGCCUUUAUAACUCUUCUAGCAGGAACAGUUCUUCAUGUAGGCGGGAAGUACGGGUUAACAGACUGGCUCAAGGUGAACGUCACAUUACCCCCCUUGGAUUUGAAAUCAGCGGUGGAGGUACUAAGUAUGUCUAUCAAGGAUAAUCGUUUUCACGAAUUUCGGACGCAGCUGGAAAUACUUCUAGAAGACUGCGGCUGUGUCCCGAGGCUGAUUUGGUACAUUUACACUGCAUGGUUACAGGCGCAGGGUCUGGAACUUCCAGCAAGGGAUUUCAUUGCGCACUUACGAACUUCUGUGACUCUACAGCUGAAGCCAUAUGUUGAUCGAGUCAUGCAGGGGAACCUCGACAACGUGAAACGAAUGAUUCGGCUUUGCCUCACUGGGGUGGUGAUGCCAAGGCCACCUGUUGGGCAGAUGACGAGGGAGGAAGAAGCAUGUUUCAGAGGUUAUGUGUAUUCUGAAGAGGUGGAAGGCGGUGGAGUUGUCUAUAAGAGCCCGAUGUUACUUGUUCAUGCGCUUGGACUGAGGUUGGGGAUCCCAGAGAGGGUAGUAGCUCUCAGGCCCCAGCCAGCAGUAGGCGACGUGCUGAAGGAUGGCUUUUUCGACAUGCUGCAUGCCACGCUCUGGGUGUUGGAAGGCCGAACGGUUUCUCUUGGUCAGAUCUUUCCGGGGGCCCUUGGGAGCCAGAGGCUGGUUGACACCAGAGUUGUGGUUGCGGCUCCGGGUGACGGAGUGGUUGAAGAGAAGUAUCAGUUUUAUAAUCCGCAGCUGGAAAGGUUUUAUACCCCAGGUGAUACACAAAUGAUUGGGGCGGACAGUAGACCUUAUGUGCACCCAACUGAGGCACAACCCACAGGCGCUGGUUUCGUGUUCAAGUGCAAAAAGGGGACAGCAUGCACGGAUGGGAGAGUGUUCUUGAUUGGUGUGGACGGGAAGGUGUACGAGUUCUGGUUCCAGCUCAAGGGACAGGAAGGCCGCGUGAGUCAGGACGAAGCGGCCAAGUGGGCUAGAGCUGCAAAUUCACCUUCCAAGUACGUAGAAGGAAGGAAGAAGGUGUAUGUUUUGUGCAGUAGGCAGGGCUUCAGUUUCCAGGACCCUGUUUGCGAGGAGGGUCGUGUGCUCCUCGUGGAUCUAGUUAACAUCAUGCAAGGGUUCUUGAGAAGGUGCCAACUGGGAUAAGAAAUUUGCGGCACGAGAGAAUGCUCACAAAGGUGACGAGCCGAGAUCAUGGCGUAAAAGAGCUCCAGCGAUUGAUCCACUCGCGUGGCCUGGUAAUUUCGGGACCAAGAAAAGAAUCAGUUUGUCUUUGAAUUCAAUCUAUGCAUGGUUCCAGAAA